CAGCCAGGCUGAAAGGGCUCGGGAAGCUAGCUGGCCUUGUUGGCCCUUAAAUCGCAUACUGAAUGGCCUGGCCCCAGCUACCCUCGCCGAGCCGCGCAAAGAAGGAUGCUCCUGGCUCUCGUCGGCCUCCCAGGUUUGCUUUCUUUCUUUUCCCGAAGGUGGGCCCUUAGGUUCACCGUCCGGAGCCUGCGGCCGCCGGGAAAACCAAACCCCGAGUGUCCGGAGAGUAACCGGAAGUGCCCUCCCAGGCGGAGGGGCGGCGCCGGCUGCAGCCGGGGAGAGGGAAGAAUUGAGUAUUGUUAGUAACUAUGGACUGGAGACCUUUUGGAGCCAAAAGGAAGACAGUCUUGAGUCUUUCUUGUUAUGGGUUGUAAAUACCACAUAAAGAAUAAGUGCAUGUGAUGCUGGAAACUUGUAGAGAGGAACUACUCAUGACUGAAAGGCCUAAAACAGAUGUAUCUUUCAAGUUCUUAUCGAGAAAAUGACUAUGAAGAAAAUGAUGGGUCAGGAAGACCAGUGGAAAACUCCCUAGGAGAGAGCCAUAGAAAAUGUACACUUCAGAAGAGAGAGAGAAUCAGAGAACUCAAAAAAGGAAAAUAUAUCAUGUAUGCCCUCAGAAGGGUAAAAAGAUUUUUAUUCAUGUGCAUGAGAUUACUCAAAUAGAUGAUCAGAUAUACCAGUGCCUUGAACGUGAGCAAAACUUUUGUGAAAACUUAGCUCUUAUUAUGUGUGAGAGAACCCACACUGGGGAGAAACCUUAUAGAUGUGAUAUGUGUGAGAAAACCUUCAUCCAAAGCUCAGAUCUUAUUUCACAUCAGAGGAUCCACAGUUAUGAGAAACCUUAUAAAUGUAGCAAAUGUGAGAAGAGCUUUUGGCACCACUUAGCCCUUUCAGGACACCAGAGAACACAUGCAGGUAAAAAAUUCUAUACAUGUGAUAUCUGUGGCAAGAAUUUUGGUCAGAGCUCUGAUCUGCUUGUCCACCAGCGAAGCCAUACAGGCGAGAAACCGUAUCUGUGUAGUGAGUGUGAUAAAUGCUUCAGCCGAAGUACAAACCUCAUAAGGCACCGAAGAACUCACACAGGUGAGAAACCAUUUAAGUGUCUGGAGUGUGAAAAAGCUUUUAGUGGGAAAUCCGAUCUUAUUAGCCACCAGAGAACUCAUACUGGUGAAAGACCCUACAAAUGUAGUAAGUGUGAGAAAAGUUACCGACACCGGUCAGCCUUCAUUGUUCAUAAAAGAGUACAUACUGGGGAGAAGCCCUAUAAGUGUGGUGCCUGUGAGAAAUGCUUUGGCCAGAAAUCAGACCUUAUUGUACACCAGAGAGUCCACACAGGUGAGAAGCCGUAUAAAUGCUUGGAAUGUAUGAGAAGUUUUACCCGGAGUGCCAACCUCAUCAGGCACCAGGCAACUCACACUCACACUUUUAAAUGCCUUGAAUAUGAGAAGAGCUUCAGCUGUAGUUCAGACCUUAUUGUACAUCAAAGAAUUCACAUGGAAGAGAAACCGCAUCAGUGGUCUGCAUGUGAAAGUGGCUUCCUCCUAGGCAUGGACUUCGUUGCCCAACAGAAAAUGAGAACUCAGACAGAGGAGCUGCAUUAUAAAUACAGUGUCUGUGAUAAAAGCUUUCACCAGAGCUCAGCCCUUUUUCAACAUCAGACAAUCCACAUCGGUGAAAAACCAUAUAUCUGUAAUGUGGCUGAGAAAGAUCUUGAGCUCAGCCCUCCCCAUGUAUCAGAAGCCUCACAGAUGUCUUGACCAGACAAGAAGUUAUUAUACCAUAAACAAACAAACAAAAAAAGGUGUAUUUACAAUGUAAGAGAACUCAUUUAAGAUGGAGAACUCAAAGCAAAUCUCAGAUUUUCCUCAGAGCUCAGACUUUAUUGGGGACCAGAAAAUCUGCAGUUAUAGGAACCUGAGAAA